AUGAUACCAGACGCCUCGCCGCGGCUCGUGGGUGGUGUUGUUGUGCUCAUGCUGAUAAUCUUCCGGUGGUUCGCGACGCCACGUCGACGCCUUCCACCCGGGCCCUGGUCACUCCCCAUCAUUGGAAGUAUCCACCACAUGUCGUUUCUAAAGGGUCCCGAGUACACCUUUUGGCAGUGGCGAGAACAGUUUGGUGACGUUGUGUAUUUCAAGUUGUUCCAGACCCCAGCUAUCGUCCUCAACUCCCUCGCGGUCGCACGGAACCUCCUCGACAAGCGCAGCGCGAAUUACUCGGAUCGCCCUCGCAUGGUGCUCAUGUCCGAAAUGAUCGGCUACGAGAACUGCGUCCCGAUGAUGCGGUACGGGGAACGGUUCAGACGGCAGCGCAAGUGGAUCCACGACGCGAUGGGUGUCCGCUCGAAGCUAGCGGGCUACCAGCCCAUCAUGCGGCGCGGCGCAAACGUGCUUCUGCAAGAUCUUCUCGACUCACCGGAAGUGUUCGCAGACCAUCUCCAUAAAUAUGUCGCGGGAUCGAUCCAAGAGAUCACGUAUGGUCGUCGUCUGAUAUCGAUGGAGGACGAGCUAGUGGUGUUCGCGGAGCGCGCGAACACGUCGACGAACGACCGAGGACACCCCGGCUCGCUCCUGGUGGACUUCUUUCCCAUGCUGAAGUACAUCCCCACGUGGAUGCCUGGAGCGGGCUUCAAGCGCCGCGCCAUGCGUGCGCGCGAUGACCUGGUGAUGUGGCAAAACAUAGCGGUGGAUCGGGUGAAGGAGGACAUGGCCCUUGGAACCGGCUCGCCCUGCGUGACCUCGGCCCUGCUGGACGCGUACAGCCGCAAGGAGAACAGGACAGCCGAGAAACUCGAAGACAUUCGCGGAACUGGAGUCAGCAUCUACGGGGGUGAACAGACACACACCACGCUGCUCUCGUUCUUCCUCGUGAUGACGCGCACGCCACGUGUGUUGCGCGCGGCGCAGGACGAGGUCGACCACGUCGUUGGACGCGACCGUCUUCCCACCUUCUCGGACCGCGACUCGCUGCCGUACCUGAACGCGCUCCUUGAGGAGAUGCUUCGAUGGCGCCCUGGACUUUCGCUCGCACUCCCACAUAGCAUUAUCAACGACGACAACUACCGUGGCUAUGACAUUCCGGGGGGAUGCAUGGUGCUACCGAAUAUCUGGGGCAUGUCGCGCGACACUGAAUUCUGGCCUGAGCCGGAGGAGUUCCGUCCGGAGCGUCACUUGGUCGGCUUGAAGGAGAAGAGCGCGCAUGGCGAGCUCCCCAGUGGAUUCGUCUUCGGCUUUGGACGACGGGUAUGUCCGGGGCAGGCAUUCGCGGACCGUGCGCUCUGGCUCGCAGUGUCGAACAUUAUCGCCGCGUUCGACAUCUUGCCCCCUUUGAACGAGGCGGGCGAAGAAGUGGUACCGCCGGCAAAUUUCAAGCCUGGUCUCACAAGGCGAGUCCCUUUCAAGUGUCGGGUUAUCCCUCGCUCAGAGAAGCUGGCGGAGAUGGUCAUGCAGUCCAUGCAAUCCGACUCAUGA